UCUAAAAGCCAUCUACCGUGUCUUGGUCAUUCCCAUUUAGUUAAACCCUAUCUGACCGUGUCUCUCCCGAAUAUCAAAAUAUAAAAAUCUCUCUCUGGGCGAGACCUAUCUACGAUCUGUUUGUGCAGCAACAGUUAGAGAGAGAAAGGGAAUAAAUCUCAGGUUCUGGAUCCUGAAGUGAACCUCUUCAUUAGUUCAAUCUUCUAUUGGAAGUGUGAUUAGUUAGGAAACUAUGAAGAACAACGAACGUCUUGCCAAUUUUGCUUUAGCAGGUUUAACAUUGGCACCACUGCUUGUGAAGGUAGAUCCAAACUUAAAUGUUGUCUUGACUGCAUGCCUCACAGUCUAUGUUGGGUGCUACCGAUCAGUCAAGCCAACUCCACCUUCAGAGACAAUGUCUAAUGAACAUGCAAUGCGCUUUCCCUUUGUUGGCAGUGCAAUGCUAUUAUCGCUAUUCUUACUCUUCAAGUUCCUUUCAAAGGACUUGGUUAAUGCUGUAUUGACAUGCUACUUUUUUGCACUUGGAAUCAUUGCACUAUCGGCAACAUUAUUACCAGCUAUCAAACGUUAUUUACCAAAUCAUUGGAAUGAUGACCUUAUUACCUGGCAUUUUCCAUUUUUCCAUUCUUUGGAGAUUGAGUUCACAAGAUCUCAGAUUGUUGCUGCAAUUCCUGGAACAUUUUUUUGUGCAUGGUAUGCUUCUCAGAAGCAUUGGCUCGCUAACAAUAUUUUGGGCUUGGCUUUCUCUAUUCAGGGAAUUGAAAUGCUUUCCCUUGGGUCUUUUAAGACUGGUGCCAUCCUCCUGGCUGGACUUUUUGUAUAUGAUAUUUUCUGGGUUUUCUUCACUCCUGUCAUGGUUAGUGUUGCAAAAUCAUUCGAUGCUCCUAUAAAGCUAUUGUUUCCAACAAGAGAUGCUGCAAGGCCAUUUUCCAUGCUUGGGCUUGGUGAUAUUGUAAUCCCUGGCAUUUUUGUAGCUCUGGCAUUGCGGUUUGAUGUGUCUAGAGGAAAAGGCAGCCAGUAUUUUAAGAGUGCUUUUCUGGGAUAUACAGUUGGUUUGGUCCUUACAAUUGUUGUUAUGAACUGGUUCCAAGCUGCACAGCCUGCACUUCUGUAUAUUGUACCAUCUGUAAUCGGAUUCUUAGCUGCUCAUGUCAUAUGGAAUAGUGAAGUAAAACAGUUGAUGGAAUUUGACGAAUCCAAGAGUGCCGCAUCAUCUAAAGAUAGUAGCGAAACCAAGGCUGGCAAAAAGGUCGAGUGAAUCAUGAACUUAGUAGCGCGGAGGGAAAUAUUGUUGUUUUUUUAGGACUUAUAAGCCUCUUAGCAUCAAAUUGCACAUCGCUGUAACAGAUUUUGGAAUUGAGCAAAGAUAAUUUAAAUUUUAGCUUCUUAUAGCAAUAUCAUAUUGGAUGUUUUCAA